GGACAUGUUUUUUUAAUUGCUAUUCAGCUGGUUCGAACACGCAGGAUGGGUUGCGAAAACUCUAAGGACGUCGUACACCCAAUGAACAGAACUACUUAUCCACCCAGACUGGAAGAAGAUGCAGAAAUGUUCGAUAUCGACCUGAAUGAUCCGGAGGUGCAGAAAGCUGCUGCCAAAAUCCAAGCCGGUUUCCGCGGCCACAAAACGCGCAAGGAAAUCAACAGAGAAAAGCCAGAAGCGAAUAAAGCGGAAGCUGACGAAAUUGCGGAUAUUGAUUUGACAGAUCCAG